AAGCAUGGCUCUUUUCUCAACACUUCAUUUGAAAAAACUCACAAGAUUGAGUCUUAAUGAGCUUUUCUACAGACCAAUUUAUACAACAUCGUCAAUGGCUUCAGGAUUCAGAACUGAAUCAGAUACUUUUGGUGAACUGAAAGUCCCCAAUGAUAAAUAUUAUGGAGCUCAAACUGUACGUUCUACAAUGAAUUUUCCAAUUGGAGGGCCAACUGAACGAAUGCCUCAACCUGUCAUCACUGCUAUGGGUAUUUUGAAAAAAGCUGCUGCACUCGUGAAUAAGGAAUAUGGUUUAGAUGCGAAAAUAGCUGAUGCCAUCGCACAAGCUGCUGAUGAUGUUAUCUCUGGAAAACUUUAUGAUGAUCACUUUCCAUUAGUCAUUUGGCAAACAGGUUCGGGUACACAAACCAACAUGAAUGUCAAUGAAGUUAUCAGUAACAGAGCAAUUGAAAUUAUGGGAGGAACGCUCGGAUCGAAAACGCCUGUACACCCAAACGAUCACGUGAAUAAAUCUCAAAGUUCCAAUGAUACAUUUCCAACAGCUAUUCAUGUGUCUGUUGCACGUGAACUUAAUGGAAGUUUGAAACCGGCGUUGCAAGGUCUUCACGAUGCUUUGAAUGCAAAGUCAGUUGAAUUCAAGGACAUAAUUAAAAUUGGAAGAACUCAUACUCAAGAUGCUGUUCCAUUGACAUUAGGACAAGAGUUUAGUGGUUACGUGCAGCAAAUGAAAUUUGCACUUGAUCGUAUUGAUGCAGUUUUGCCACGCGUCUAUAUGUUAGCGCUUGGUGGAACUGCUGUUGGAACCGGUCUUAAUACUCGGAUUGGUUUUGCAGAGAAGUGUGCAUCAAAAAUAUCAGAGUUGACUGGACUUCCAUUUGUAACAGCACCGAACAAGUUUGAAGCUCUUGCUGCUCGUGAUAGUAUGGUUGAAGUUUCAGGAUGCUUAAACACAAUUGCAUGCAGCUUAUUUAAGAUUGCAAACGAUAUUCGCUUCCUUGCUUCUGGUCCUAGGUGUGGCUUAGGCGAAUUAAGUUUACCCGAAAACGAACCAGGAUCAUCAAUAAUGCCAGGAAAAGUCAAUCCAACUCAGUGUGAAGCAAUGACAAUGGUUUGUGCACAAAUCAUGGGUAAUCAUGUUGCAGUUACUGUUGGUGGAGCAAGUGGUGUGGGAAAAUCAUGCUUGUUGCUUCAAUUUACUGAUAAACGCUUUCAACCAGUUCAUGAUCUAACAAUUGGAGUAGAGUUCGGAGCUCGAAUGAUUACGAUUGAUGGGAAACAAAUUAAAUUACAGAUUUGGGAUACUGCCGGACAAGAAGCAUUUAGAUCAAUCACACGUUCAUAUUACCGUGGUGCAGCAGGAGCUUUACUGGUUUAUGAUAUCACACGACGAGAAACGUUCAAUCAUUUGACCACAUGGCUUGAAGAUGCACGUCAGCAUUCGAAUUCAAACAUGGUGAUUAUGCUGAUUGGAAAUAAAAGCGAUCUUGAAUCACGUCGUGAAGUAAAAAAAGAAGAAGGCGAAGCAUUCGCAAGAGAGCAUGGAUUAGUUUUUAUGGAAACAUCAGCAAGAACAGCGGCAAAUGUUGAAGAAGCUUUUAUCAACACAGCCAAAGAGAUUUAUGAGAAGAUACAGGAAGGUGUUUUUGACAUUAACAAUGAGGCAAAUGGCAUUAAAAUCGGUACGGUAUCAACACCUACAAAUCCGUCAAUAGGAGGUUCAAGUUUACCAGGUGGACAGUCCAGUAAUUCAUGUUGUUAAAUCAACAUUAACGAUUUGUAAACAAUCAUAAAGGAAAAGAAAAGAUUUUUUACAUUUCAAUGUAAAUUUAUUGAUAUAAAAAUGAAAAUUAUUUUCUACGACAAAAUCAAUGGAUGGGUUUCAUAUGAAUCUUAUCUCCUUGCUUGUUGCUUCUUUAGCUUUUGCGUAAUUCAAAGCAUUAGAUUCUUCUUAAAUUUCAAUUUCUUUUUUUUACGCAUUAGUUCUUAAGUUUCAUUAUGUUUCUUAUGGAGAAACAAGUUUUCAUUUGACAUAGUUGCACCAAAACAUUAAACUACCUACUUAUAAUAAAUUUUGAGGAAAAAUAGACCGUUCAAAUAUAAAUUAUAUUCAUCAAAACAACAGAAGCAGAGAAGUGAUCUUCAUUUUUUUCUUCCCUCUUUUUGAGAUGGCCAUUUUUGAAAUCGUUGGAAAAUUGAAAUGAAAUGAAGGAAACUUUUGAAUUGUGCAAAAAGCCUAAUUGAACUAACCCAUCGAUCAGAGGAAUUUUUUCUGGGCAAAAUUGAAAGACUGAGAAUCAGUGAAAAAUUAAACAAAAAGAAAUUUUCUUGAUAAAUGCAUGAAAAUUUUUGGGAAGCUCAAUUCAAAUAUUAAGAUAUCAUUUAAUUUCAAUUAUAAUCGAUAUGGUACAAUAAUUGCCAACACAAAUGCCGAGGUUUCUUUCACUUUUAUACUUAUAGUUUUAUCUUAUUCGUGAAAUCUUAAUCUCUGUAAUGUAAGAAAAUUAUUCCAGCAGAUUUCUGCAAUUGAUGAUAGUUCAUCCCGUAAAUAGAAGGUCAUUAAAUUCAAGAUUUAAUCAAGUUAAUUUGUGUUAAAAUUACUGUGUUUAAUAAAUCUAUUCACAAGGUGGUGAAAAUAAAUAAAAUAUAAUUAAAAUUUGUCUUACCAACAUAUAAAAAAAAAUUCAUUUUGUAAUUUUCUUUUAACUGGAAAAUAAACAUUGUAGAGUGAGA